UACUACAAAACAAAGAUGUUAUUGCUCACGUUGUUCUUAACAAUAAUCUCCAUACAGUUUAUCGCGUUCAUGUUGGCAUCGUUCCCAAUACUGGCCGUCACCAAUGGCAUUUCCACCAAGACGGAAUUCGAUCAAUUGAUGGCAAAGAUCGACAAGGUCAUUGUCGAUCGAGCUUGUAACAUUACAGCUGGUUGUGGCGAGUGUCGAACGAUAACGGACGAUGGCGGCGUUAUCGUAUCUCCAAAUUUCCCGGACGAAUACGAUCCAAAUUUGAAUUGCCUAUACACGCUGAAGGCCCCACUGGGAAUGAAAAUUCGAUUAACGUUCACAGAGUUUCUCGUGAACAAAUGCUGUGAUUUCAUAACAGUGUUUGACGGUUUGGCCAAUCCACUUCAAAUCGCGAUGAACGGCCAAGAUAUUCCACCUCCAGUGAUGUCACCAUCGAACCGGAUGGCCAUCAAAUUCACCACGAGUGUUGAUCACGCCUUGAUUAACGCAACAAAGGAUGCAGAGCCUGCACGAUGGCAAGCCAUCUACACCUUCGUUUGAUAAUUCCUAGUGAAAAAAUUAAAGAAUUUGUAAAAA